UACCUUCCACCAAGCUAGACAGUUACACUACUGAGUCUUUGACUGAAUAUUUAAACACUGAAAAACAACCACCGAACGUGGCCAUACCCAAAAACACAAACACACUCUUCUCAUUCCUCAAACAAACUCAAAAAUGCUCAGAGCUCUCAUAGCUAAGCGUUCACUCCAUUCCCUCUUCCCCCGCCAUGGCAGCAAACCCAAUAUUACAAGACACUUGUCUACUUCACCACCACCACCGCCAUCAUCAUCGUCGUCGUCGUCCCAAGCUGAGCUUCGCAAGUACCUUGGCUAUGGAGCUUUAGUAAUCUUCUGUGGCGUAUCCACAUACUACUCAUUCCCUUUCCCCGAAAAUGCAAAACACAAGAAAGCUCAGAUCUUUCGUUACGCUCCUUUGCCGGAAGAUCUUCAUACGGUUUCGAAUUGGAGCGGGACCCAUGAGGUUCAGACCCGGGUUUUUCACCAACCCGAGAAUAUUGGUGAGCUUGAGAGGGUUGUGAAAGAGGCUAAUGAGAAGAAGACUCGGAUUCGGCCUGUUGGGUCUGGAUUGUCUCCUAAUGGGAUCGGGCUUUCUAGAGCUGGGAUGGUGAAUUUGGCUCUUAUGGAUAAGGUUUUGGAGGUGGAUAAGGAGAAGAAGAGGGUUAGAGUUCAAGCUGGAAUAAGGGUUCAGGAAUUGGUUGAUGGGAUUAAGGAUUAUGGCAUUACUCUUCAGAAUUUUGCUUCUAUUAGGGAACAGCAAAUUGGUGGCAUCAUACAGGUUGGUGCACAUGGUACUGGUGCAAGAUUGCCUCCUAUCGAUGAACAGAUUGUCAGCAUGAAACUGGUCACUCCUGCUAAGGGUACAAUAGAAUUAUCAAAAGAGAAAGAUCCAGAGCUCUUUUAUCUUGCUCGUUGUGGUCUCGGGGGCCUUGGAGUUGUUGCUGAGGUGACUAUUCAAUGUGUUGAGAGACUGGAGCUUGUGGAGCACACUUUUAUCUCAACAAUGGAAGAUAUCAAGAAAAAUCACAAGAAAUUGUUGUCUGAGAAUAAACACGUAAAGUACCUAUAUAUUCCAUAUACAGAUGCGGUUGUGGUUGUGACAUGCAAUCCUGUGUCAAAAUGGAAAGGUGCCCCGAAAUUUAACCCCAAAUAUACUUCGGAUGAGGCCUUACAGCAUGUUCGGGAUCUCUACAAGGAGAGUCUGAGGAAGUACAGAGCGAGAGACAUUACGGCUCCAUCUGAAGGAUACGUUGAACAAGAUAUAAACGAUCUUACAUUUACAGAGUUGAGAGAUAAACUGCUCGCUUUAGAUCCUCUGAACAAAGACCAUGUUAUACAAGUUAAUCAAGCUGAGGCUGAGUUCUGGAGAAAGUCAGAGGGAUACAGAGUAGGAUGGAGUGAUGAAAUUCUCGGGUUUGAUUGUGGUGGCCAACAGUGGGUUUCUGAGACUUGUUUUCCUGUUGGUACCUUAAGUAAACCGAACAUGAAAGACCUUCAAUACAUUGAAGAUCUUAAGAAGCUGAUAGAGAAGGAAAAAGUUCCUGCGCCUUCUCCAAUUGAGCAACGGUGGUCAGCUUGCAGCAAGAGCCCCAUGAGUCCAGCUUCAAGCUCAUCUGAUGAUGAAAUAUUUUCCUGGGUUGGCAUAAUCAUGUAUCUUCCUACCACGGAUGCUCGCCAGAGAAAGGAAAUCACAGAAGAGUUUUUCCACUACAGACAUCUGACUCAAUCGAAAUUGUGGGGUCGAUAUUCUGCUUAUGAACACUGGGCAAAGAUUGAGGUUCCAAAAGACAAGGACGAGCUAGCAGCUCUACAGGAAAGGCUUAGAAAGAGAUUUCCCGUCGAUGCAUACAAUAAAGCACGAAAAGAAUUGGACCCGAACAAGAUCCUCUCCAACAACAAGAUCGAUAAGUUUUUCCCAAUGUCUGAUACUGUUUAAGAAACAGCCUUGCAAAGGGUUAGUAUUUCAUUUGUUUUCUUUGUUAUAAAUUAUUACCUUCCAUUUUUUUGUCUGUCAGACCCGAUACAAGUGAUUUUUUAGCUUGCCCAAUUUUGUCACGCCUGAAACAAGCAUUUCGGUUAAAUAAUUUGGUUGUACAUUACAAGAUCUUUUGUUUGGAUAUUAAGUGCAUUAUGCAUAUGGUGUGUUGUUACACUUAUAAAUGUUGAUAAAAAUAAGGAAAAUUGGGGAAAUUAGAUCUUUUCAA